GAGCCUGAUGGUAAACUCUGUAGACAUGUAUCCUGAGAAUGAGAGGGGGCUUUUAUUUAUUUUUAUUUAUUUAUUUUAUUCAAACAUUUAAAAGCAGUUUAAACACAUAAUUUUACAUUACACAUAUACAAGAAAGUGCAAAUCAGCUUUCCAUUAAUCUAGUACAUGCUUGAAUGGAGUAGGAAGAAGUUAGACUUAGUCGUACCCCAUGACAUCAAAUUUCAAUCACUGAUUUGUAAUCAAUAUCUAAUAUUUACACACACCACAUAAAGUAUUAUAAUAAAGAAUUAUUACAGAAUGCUAAUAUUCGUACACCACUCCCACAAUGUUCUAAUUAAUCAUGAGCCUGUUCUUGCCUAUAUUUACUUACCUAUAUUUAUCAUAUAUAGAACUGUCGCAGUUCUCUGCAGUUUUAAUAUUCACAAUAGAUUAUAGACAUUUAGUCAGUUAAAAAUCCCUGUAUCCGUCAUGGGAACAUCCUGAACAGGUAUUUUUUCGUGGCUUACUAAUAUUAAGAACAGUAGCUGUCUGUCAGGCGAUCAGCUCAGCCCUAUAUUCUAACACUUAAAGAAGAUAAUCAUACAGUAGUCCAGUGUCACUGUAUUUCCUGUUGUCAUAGAUUGGAGUCAUGCUUACAGUUAGGCUAAACAUUCUGGUUACAUUUAGAAGCUAGUUAAUUAAAAAGAUAAAAAUCAGACAUGCUACACACAUCACAAGUCCACGUUCCCAGUUGUGAAGAGAACACAUUCGUGUUGUUGGAUGAAGGUGCUGGAGAGUUGGCCUGCACGGUCCUGAGGACCCUGACCUGAUGCAAAGCCCAUAUAAACCUGACCACUUCUCUUUCCUGAUUUAAAGACUAGAAAGAUCAACUAAAGAUCAGUUGGAACACAUUUUAGUGAUUCUAAAAAUUAAUUAUUUAAUUUAAUUGAUGAAAUAACUUUACUGUAGAUAAUGAGAAUGAGAUUUCUUUUAAAUGUGCAAAUGCAGUAUAUGUCUGUCUGUGCCCUUACUUGUGCAGUAGAUCCAGAUUCUUAGACAGAACAAGCUGUGGGUCAUUGUCAUUCUGAUGCAAUAGCAGUAACAUACUCACACAACUCUGAAGAUUGCAGGAGGCCAUCACGUCUCCUCUCCCCCCUUUUCUCCCAUGUUUUCUGCGUGUGUGGAGGCCAGGAAGCGAGGCCCUUAUCAGGGCCAGCAGUGCAGAGGCUGAGCAGGCAUGGGUGGGAGCAGGGCAGGGCUGGGCGCUCUCUGAACAGGGAGCGCGGCACGCCGGCUUCUCCCAGGCAGAUAACUUUGUUCUGGGCCAGGAGAGAUGACAUCAUGACGGAUGGUGAUGAAGACGUGGGCGCAGAGGGCAGGAAACGUUAUCUCUUACAGUGGCACCGAGAGGAUGGAGACACACAGACACUCAUAGAACACACUACGGCUCACUGAUAUUCUACUUUAGACGACUUGAACAGAAGUCACUCCCCACUGAACACACACAUGCGCACACACACACACACACAUGACAUGCGUAUCCAACCAGAGGCUGUCAUUUAAAAGGCAAAAUCAGGCACGUACAGAUCUGGGACCGUGUGUGAUUGUUACUGUGUUUUUCAAAGCUUUGGGAGUCACUUUGGGAGAAGAAGUGGCCAGCCUAUACUGUAGGUCUGUAUUGCAUGUAUUUGUACUAUACAUACUGCACAAACUGUUUGAUGGAUAUUGGUAUUCAUGAUAUCAGCACACAUCACUGACAGGGAACAGCACAGGCAGGCUGAGUUGGAUUCAAGGUAUUUGUGUCAACAGGAUGAAAGCUGAGACUAUGCAGCCUGAAAUAUAGGAAAUGUCAUAGACACCGUACUAACCAUCCUAAAAACACAAAUAAUUCAUUUGUAUCGUAUUUGUAUUUAUUAUCAUUUACUUAUUUAUUAUAAUUAAUUAUUUAACUAAUUAACUAAGUCUUUGAAAUGGCACAUGCUUUUAGUUCUUUGGCUUAUCAGACUCCUGAACUGUUUUAUGCUUACAAACACAGACCUGAUGGCCUGUUAAUGGCUAAACAUCGUAUUAUUAUUAACAAUGCUUUACUAAUAAUAACUGAACCUCAUUGAUCCCACAUUGGGGAAAUUAAUCUUUGCAUUUUAACCCCCUGGGGGGGAGCAGUGUCCAACAACACUGGCAGCAUGGAGAAGUGAAAGUCCAUGUACGCACGACUUCAAGCUGGGCUUUAUUAUCCAUCAACAGCGCGGCACCCGGGAGCUACAGUCGUGUAAAGUGUCUUGCUCAAGGACACUGGUGCUGGAAGCAGGGCUUAAACCUUCUGCUUCCCAGUCCAACGCUCCACCUACUGAGUGACCAGGCCACAUAUUUUCUCUGAAAAUAGUCUUGCUUGUGUGCGGCUUUAGCAAAGUGGCAUUGGCACAGACAAGAAUCACAACGAGCCUAAGAAGGAAACAAACAUGGGCUUGGCCUGAUCUGAACCAGGCUAUUUGGAACGCAUCACUAUUAAUAACUGGAUGCCUCCUGUUCAAGUUCACAUUCAGGCCAUCGAGUCAUUAUAAUAAUCCACGGAUCCAGGGAUCAAAUUUGAGCAAACUCAUACAAAGCCUUUAAAUAUUGACUAAAAGGCCAGUUUGUCUUGCUUACUAAUCAGUUCUUUCGCCUGAAGAUCAGAAGCUUUUAUCCUGCUUAUCCUGCACACUAACAUUUUGAGACAAGAUUCUGAUAGAAAGAGUAUUUUUAAGAUUUAUUUGAGCUUUCUGCAGAGGAAAAUGACAUUCCUUCUGAGUUUAUUCCUUAAAUUACAUGCAAAAUACCAAACACUUAAGUGGUCUUUGGCAGUGUUCCAUGCUUUGCUCUGCAGAAACCUUCACUGCUGAGCACUAAGUUUAUCGGAGUAAUUCAAUAGCUGAACAAUAUUAGGUUUAACACUACAUAAAGCUCUUCAGCGUGAACAACUUUUUAUCUCAAUUUACAAUAAUUUAUGUUGACUCAGGGUCGUAUUUCGUCAAAUAGGGACAUAUUCUCUGUACAGGUGUUUCGUGGCGCAUGAUGUGCCGGCUCCUGAACAUCCUGCUGGCUUUGCUGAGCCGCUUCCUCUUCGCCGUCCACGGGGUGGUGACAGUGUGGCGCGUGGUGGCAGUUAAAGGGGAGCCGCUCUAUUGGCUGCUGCUGACCGGCGUGGCUCUGCUCGGCGUGGAGAUGGCUGUAACUCUGAAGUGCACCCGUAACUCCGAGUGGAAAUGGUUCUCCCCAAUGGUUUUCCUCUACCUCAGUACUGUCAUCCCAUCCAUUUGGUUUCUGGAGCUGAGCCUGCUGCAGUCCAAGCUGCCCGCCACCAAUUCCUCGGGCGCCGAGCUUCAUUUGUUGGCUCACAUCCCGAUCACAGCGGCCAUUGUGGAACUAGAUCCAGAGAACUGGGUGGUCGGCCUUGAGCAGACGAUGCUCAUAGUGUUGGUUCUGGGUCGAUGGCUGAUGCCCAAGGGGGACAUGUCUCGUGACCAGUUGUCCCAGCUCCUCAUGGUGAACGUGGGACUGGGAGCAGACAUCCUGGACAUUUUCGACACCUUCAAAGAGCCAGAAGUCAAAACCAACAGGGUGGUCGUCAUCAUAGGUCUGACCCUCUUCUCUUGGGCUCUUAUGCAGUUUCCUCUGGUGCUCACUCAGACUCGACCCCAAAAGGGUGAGUCUCCUGAGAAAAGCACGGGUGGUUUCUUAUGCUGCCCUGGAGCUCCACCCUCGUUAACUUCCUGCUGCUCCAGUGAAGUGUGGAGCCUGCUGCUCACAGUGGGACUCCAGGAUGGCCCCUUCCUGCUUUACAGGCUCUACCUCAUGGUUCAAGAGAAAGUACUGAACCAGCUCAUGAUUUUCUUCACCUGCAAGAACAUCCUCAUUGUCCUUUUGGAGCUCUACAGAAUCUACGUGGUUCAGUGCGAGCAGCAGGUACCAGAAUCAGGGUUUGGCAGAUGUGCUGCUCUAGUGCACUGGAUUCAAACCCAAAGUGGUGGCGAAGAGAGGAGGAGCGAGGAGGAGAAACACAGUGAAACAGGGAGAGAGGGAACCUGUCAUACAGACACAGAGCGAGAGACUGAAAAGGAGGAAGAUCAGAGAUGUUUCUAGGUACAGAAGGGCUAAAAGUGCUGUGAGGCGUGAAUUUGGCCCUUAGGGAGAGGAUGGCUUUCACAAACCAAGUGAAAAGCCGAACCUAUCUGCCAUCUCUUGCAUCUAAGCCUUGUUCAGAGACAGUUUUGUGUCUCUGGAGCCUCAGCUACCAGAAGAAAACCACAGGAGAAGAGAAUAAGUCCCCGCUGGAAAGAUCAGAGAUGAAUUUAUACAACUGCCUUUGAUAAAAACCUUUUGAAAAAAAGUCCUGUUUCAGUCAAAGGAGGUUCCUCUGCUAAAGAAAAUCAAGUCAACAAGUUCAUCAUGAACUGUCACUCUCUUGAACAAAAACCAAAUCAACGAAAUUAUGUGCUGUAAAGUUCAAGACAUUCAGCAACAGGAUGAGAAAAUAUGCCAUUAUGAUUUGAAUGCUUCUAAAACUGAUAGUAAUGUUAAUGACUUCAACAGCAUAUAUCAACUAAAUCACUGUGGCAAUUUAAGUUGUUGAUCAUGUGCCUUAAUUAAUAACUCUCAAUAAAAUGUGUGUGUGAAAAGUAUAAAGUAUGUCUUGAGAAGCACAAUGCUCUGUUCUUUCUCCCAUCACCAUGAGAUGGCAGUGUUGCCAAGUCAACCAAAGCAUAGA